GUAGAGUGGUACAGAAGAGAUUCUCGUGUCGUGUCGUGUGGUGUGGCGACGAACACACACACAAAUUAACCGCAGAAGAAGCGAAGCCCCCUUUCAGAGAAUCUCGAUUCCUCUUCCGUUGGACUCCCCGAAUCUGGACCCUUGGACGGGCUGUGUCUCAGAUCUAAGAUCCUUCUCACCACCGAGAAGCGCGAUCGAGGACGACCCGAGUCUUUGCGUGCGUCCUGCGGGUGGAGCUCUUCUCCUCGUUUCUUGGUUCGGCGAUAGGCUUGUCGACGGAUCUCGAUCCCCCGUGAUCCUUCUGGGACCGGAACCUCCGUUGCUCAAACGAUGCCUGUGGCGGCAUCAGCUAUAUACUUCUUGAAUCUCCGAGGCGAUGUGCUCAUCAAUCGCCUCUACCGCGACGAUGUGGGUGGCAAUAUGGUGGAUGCAUUUCGGACGCAUAUAAUGCAGACGAAAGAACUUGGUACAUGUCCUGUUCGGCAAAUCGGUGGCUGCUCCUUUCUCUAUAUGAGAAUUAGCAAUGUGUACAUUGUGAUCGUUGUUAGCAAAAAUGCAAACGUAGCCUGUGCUUUCAAGUUUGUUGUCGAGGCUGUUGCACUAUUUAAAUCAUACUUUGGUGGUGCAUUUGACGAAGAUGCCAUUAGAAAUAAUUUUGUUCUAAUUUAUGAGCUUCUUGAUGAGAUUAUGGAUUUUGGGUACCCUCAAAAUCUUGCACCUGAGAUUUUGAAGCUUUAUAUCACUCAGGAAGGUGUUCGGUCGCCAUUCUCGUCCAAGCCCUCAGACAAGCCUGUCCCCAAUGCAACUCUUCAAGUUACAGGUGCUGUUGGUUGGAGACGUGAGGGACUCCUAUACAAAAAGAAUGAGGUCUUCCUGGACAUUGUUGAAAGUGUUAAUCUUCUUAUGUCUUCGAAAGGGAGUGUUCUACGUUGUGAUGUGACGGGAAAGAUUCUCAUGAAGUGCUUCCUUUCUGGGAUGCCUGAUUUAAAGCUAGGAUUAAAUGAUAAGAUUGGUCUUGAAAACGAGUCACAACUCAAAUCCAGACCUAUAAAAAGUGGCAAGACCAUAGAACUUGAUGAUGUCACUUUUCACCAAUGUGUAAACUUGACAAGGUUCAACUCAGAAAAGACAGUCAGUUUCGUGCCUCCCGAUGGUGAAUUUGAAUUGAUGAAGUAUCGUAUAACUGAGGGUGUAAAUCUGCCAUUUCGGGUGUUGCCAACAAUCAAAGAACUGGGUAGAACAAGAAUGGAAGUAAAUGUUAAGGUUAAGAGUGUCUUCGGUGCCAAAAUGUUUGCCCUUGGAGUUGUGGUAAAAGUUCCAGUUCCUAAGCAAACUGCAAAAACUAGUUUCCAAGUGACAUCUGGUCGAGCCAAAUAUAAUGCUUCUAUAGACUGCCUGGUGUGGAAGAUCAGAAAAUUUCCUGGACAAACUGAGUCAACAAUGAGUGCAGAGGUUGAGUUGAUUUCAACCAUGGCAGAAAAGAAAUCAUGGACCAGACCACCCAUUCAAAUGGAAUUCCAGGUCCCAAUGUUCACUGCAUCAGGUCUACGUGUCCGCUUUCUCAAGGUAUGGGAGAAGAGUGGGUAUAACACGGUCGAAUGGGUUCGUUACAUCACUAAAGCUGGAUCGUAUGAGAUCAGAUGUUAAUCUGCUUCCAAACCAAUAUUUAAGACUUAUAUUGGAAGGUUGCGGAUGACCAUAAGAGCUUCAUCAUCAACGAGCAGUGGUGUCUGACUUGUCACUGAACCAACAUCCGCGGUUUCAUAGAAAAGGUUGUGUUUGUUCUUCGUCUGUGUUUCUGUGUUGCCAUUUUUUGGAUGAUUAUGUUUCUAUUGGAUACUCGUAUCAAUUGCAGCUUGGUAUGAGGCUCAACUCGGAUUACUGA